GAGAGAGGAAGCGUCACUGAGCACACUUAGCACGCUCAGCUUCCCAUGUAUGGGUGUGUGUGCACUCAGACAGGCUCUCGUUGUUGUUUCUGGGUCUCCAACACAAAUUUGGCUUUCUUUUCCCCUGCAACACAUAACUGCUUCAGGAAGGUACUUUCCCAUUAGGUUCUGAAAACACUUUCUGUUCAAGCAAAGCCAUUCUCUGUUCCCCUUAAAAUCAGCUGGGAUUCAAGUGGAGGUCAUUAGGUAUACAGGGGAAGUGUACACAGAUACACUAUGUGAUGACAUAUGAUACUGUAGACACAGCACACUAGCUUUCAUUCUUGAUUUGGAACAUGUGAAUCACACUGGAAAGUUUUCUGCAUGGUUUAAUUGUCUCUGAUUCAGAAGCUGAUUCUAUGGCUCUGCACUCUUUUGCUUGAUACUUCAUAUUUGGGAAAUGGAAUGUCCACAGAAAGACUGUUUUCAGAGUAAUGCCAACCUUGACAUCAUGAAGGCUGGAAGUGUCCUGAGAAAGGCAACAUCUCGGAUGUGGAAAGGACAACGUCACUACAAACUGCAGGACGACUGCAAGACUAUCAUGUACAAAUCCAGCUGGACUCUAAACUCUUAUUCAACCAUCUCUGUAGGGGAUGUGGAGGCAGUGCGGGAGGGCCAUCAGUCUGAAGUGUUCCUCAGUAUGCCAGAUGAGUUUCCUCCAGAAUGCUGCUUCACGCUGGUGUUUCGUGGCCGCCGUGGGAACCUGGACCUUGUAGCCUCAUCAGCUGAAGAAGCUCAGGCUUGGAUUCAGGGUAUGCAGAUGCUCAUUGAGAACCUGCAGAACAUGGAUGAGUGUGAAAAACUUGACCAAUGGGUCUCUGAUUUGUUUAUGAGAGCAGACAAAAACAAAGAUGGAAGGAUAAGCUUUAAGGAGGUUCAAAAACUACUUAAGCUCAUGAACAUAGACAUGAAUGAGCUCCAUGCACAUGCUCUUUUCAUGAUGUCUGAUAUGAGCGAGACAGGCAUGCUGGAUGCAGAGGAAUUUGUCCACUUCUAUAAGUUGCUUACAGAGAGGAAGGAAAUUCUGGAGUUAUUCCAGGAGUACACCAGUAAUGGACAGGCACUUUCCCACUGUGACCUGGAGGAGUUCCUGAGAGAGGAGCAGCUGGAGGGCGAGAGGAGUCAUGAACAUGCGCUUGAGCUGAUCCAUCGAUAUGAACCCUCAGAUACUGCUAAAACCCAACAAAUCAUGUCAGUUGAUGGAUUUCUGAUGUACCUGACCUCUGCUGAAGGUUCCAUCUUCAACCCAGAACAUCAGUGUCUUUAUCAGGAUAUGACACAGCCUCUCAAUCAUUACUUCAUCUCCUCCUCACACAACACAUACCUAUUAGAUGACCAGCUGAAAGGGAGGAGCAGUGUGGAAGCAUACAUUAAGGCUUUGAAACGAGGCUGUCGCUGUGUGGAGGUGGACUGCUGGGAUGGUCCAAAUGGAGAACCCAUUGUUUACCAUGGACAUACUUUCACUUCCAAGAUUCUGUUUAAAGAUGUUAUCUCUACAGUGGCAAAAUAUGCCUUUGAGGCAUCAGAAUACCCACUCAUUUUGACAAUUGAAAACCACUGCAGCGUUGAACAACAGACUGUCAUGGCUGAGCAUUUAAAGAAUAUCCUUGGUGACAUGCUGCUGAAGAUUACAAUAGAUGGAAAGGUGCCCAGUGUGCUGCCAUCUCCAGAGGAACUUAAGGGGAAAAUCCUGUUGAAAGGAAAGAAGAUGGGAGAAUUGGAGGAGUGCUCAGAUGUAGACAAUCUAGAAAGCAGUGAUGUGAGUGAUGGUGAUGAUGAUAAAGCUGAGGAUUUGGACAAUCAGGCCACAGAGAGCACGAAUUCAAAGGAAAAUCUAUCCAAGGAGCUUUCAGACCUUGUCAUAUACUGCAAGAAUGUUCAUUUCAGCAGCUUUGAACACUCACGAAACCACAGCAAGCCUUAUGAGAUGUCCUCCUUCUCUGAGUCCAAGACCCGCAAACUUAUCAAAGAAGCUGGAGGUGACUUUAUUCAGCAUAACAAAAGGCAUUUAAGCAGAGUGUAUCCUAGUGGCCUGAGGACAGACUCAUCAAAUUAUUGCCCCCAUGAAAUGUGGAAUGUGGGAUGCCAAAUUGUGGCAUUAAAUGUCCAAACAGCAGGGCUGGAGAUGGAUCUUAAUGACGGGCUCUUCAGUCAGAACAACCGCUGUGGAUACGUUUUGAAACCCGAGAUUUUGCGCAACAGCGAACGUUUCGACCCAGAGUUUCCCGACAACCGAAAGGAUUACUGUCCUCUUAGCCUCACUAUCCAGGUAAUAAGCGGCCAGCAACUUCCUAAAUUAAGCAAAAAAGAUUGGUCCAUUGUAGACCCACUGGUAAGGGUAGAGAUCUAUGGUGUACCUCUCGACCAGACCCAGCAGGAGACCAAACACAUUGAGAACAAUGGAUUCAACCCAUACUGGAAUGAGACAUUACAGUUUGUGAUCCAUACGCCCGAGCUGGCAAUAGUACGCUUUGUUGUGGAAGACUAUGACAUGACAUCCAAGAAUGAUUUUAUAGGGCAAUACACACUCCCUUUCUCCUGCAUUCAACAAGGGUACCGUCAUAUUCAUCUUUUAUCAAAAGACGGCACGAGCAUUUGCCCAUCGUCUUUGUUUGUGCAUAUUACAAUUAAAAAAGCAUCUUAGACUAUCAUAUAAAGUAUGUAAGUUUGACAAGAAGCAUCCUGGA